AUGACGCCGGCGCCGCUCACCCUGCCAGGCUCCCCGGGCCGGCGGGGCAGAGGCGUGCACCUGGCAGCGGCCCUGCGGCACGGCGCACCCCUCCCUGCUUCCCUCCCUCCGCGUCCACCCCGGCCGACCUGCGGCGGCAGCAAAACAACAGCAACACCCAGCGCCCGGGGGGAAGGAAGGGAGGUGCUCACGCUGGGCCGCUGCCGCCGAGCUGGCUUCGCCGGCGGGGGCUGGGAAAGGGCGCGGGGCGGCGCGGAGCCGGGCGGCGGCUCCCCGGCCCUGCCGCCGCGGGCUGCCCGCGCCGCGCCCCGUCGCGCCGGGGGAGGUGGCGGGGCCGGGCGGGGCGAGGGCUGGAGCGCGGCGGGCGUGGGGCAGAGGUGUCGGCCCGGCUCCGCCCCAGCCUGGCGGCUCGCCCGCCGGGACCGCCGGCUGCUGAGGCCCGUGCCGGGGUGGUUUUUAUGGCUGCGCUCAGCCCGUCGUGCCGCGGGUGCGCUCCCGCCGGAGGGGAAGGGGCCGGCGAAGAGAGCCGCUGCCAGCUUCUGUCGACUCGACCCCCGUCGCCAGAGGCGGCGAUCCCCUCCCUCCCCCACCCGUGCCGCCCCUGCCUGCCCUGCGUCUGGCACCGGCCUGGGGCAGUAUGCAAGAGAGAUGGAAGAGAGGAAGAGGUCUUUAGAGAGGAGACAGUUGACCUGGAACAGGAACAGGCAUAGCCAAGUGGCACUUUCCAAAGAUCCAAAGAUGCUUUCAGAAACUUGUGUAUUGGUGCUGGGAGAGCGCUGCUGCUCACGUGCAUAUUGAAGAGUUUGUCUGGGAUGUCUGAAUUACAUGGGACCGAGAUGAACAAGAUCAUGAAGAACAUGAAGAUGGCUUUUCAGUUUAUUCUCCUCUGUCUACACUGAAGGCAUGCUCUCCUCAGGCUUCUUUGGAUCCCUUACGAACAGCCAAGUUAUUCCUGCAGCGAGGACCUCUCAAAGGAACUGUUUCAGCAAAAUCUCACCAGUGAGCCAUGGCAAAAGCAGAUUGACAUUAGUGAAGAAAUUCAACCUUAGGUGAAUGGUAUUUAUAUUUAUAAAUACCAUCAUAAAAAUCUACUGUAGAAAUCCUGAAGCUUGUUUUUUAAAAUAAAUAAAAAAAUUAUUUACAAAUAAAAUAUUUUAUAAAUUAAA